AUGUCCUUGGCUGGCUGCUGUACAGUGACUGUCCAGUGCCCCUCCCCUGCUGCGGACGCGGAUGCGGGAGCUGCUGCGGAUCUGCUGGCGCGCUGUCAACAGACCAACGAGGACCUGGGCAAGCUGGUGCGAGAAGAGCAAAACCUGCUCUUCAACCUCUCGCUGCAGCUAGACAAACUCCGUUGCGCUCCGAGGGAGAGUCCGCCUUCGGCAGCCCAGCAAUCAGCGGAGGCCUCGAGGACCACGGAGCCGUCGAGACGCGCCCCGUCCAAGGAUAGCAGCUACUACCCAGGAGAGCGCAAGCCAUCUCGCGAAGUGCGCUUUGGCCGUGGGGGCUAUGGGCCACCAGCCGUUGAGCUCCCACCUCCUUUGAUGAUGCUGCCCACGAAACCGGAAGCCAUCGUGGAGAACAUGCGGCCUAUCCAGCCGAGCCAGGCCUCCAGCCCUCCAAGGGACCGUAAGAUGUUCCGGGGAGACUGGUCCAAGGGGUCCAAGGGGACUGCAGCAAGCCGGUUUUCCAACGAUGGUGUCGGCAACGUUUACUCGAUCAACGGCAUCAGCAAGCAGCCCAUUCAGUUCAUCCGCAAUUCUUUCGUGGAGUUCAUCAGGUCGAACUACUCUGCGGUGGAACGGCAAGACACAUGCUGUAGCCGCAUGGUUGCGUCGUUCAUCAUGUUCUGUGUGUGGCUGACGGAGCUGAAGGAGCCGGAACGAACUGGUUGCCUGGCCAGUGUAGUGCGCAGCGCGUGCUUUUCCUUGGCCUCCACCAUGGUCAUCCUGGCGAACGCAGUCUUCAUCCUUUACGCCACAGACUAUGAGAUGGAGCAUCUCAGCGAUCCCACAAACGCCCAGAUACGGUCAGUCGAUGCUUGCCUCGCCGGUAUUUACGUUGCAGAAGUGCUGCUGAAGCUCAUUGUGCACAAACUGUUCUUCUUCUGGAACGACGAGUGGAGGUGGAACCUCUUCGACUUCUUUCUCGUGGUGUUCGCAGUUGUGGAGAACAUCUUGGCCAAUGAUUGGCUGUAUCCUGCCCAGGACACGAGCGUCAACCUGAUCUUUCUUAGGAUCUUCCGCUUCUGCAAGAUUGUGAAGAGUUUCCGCCUCUUCCGCACCUUGAAGUUUUUCAGCGAGCUCCGGCUCAUGCUGGACUGCAUGAUCGGUUCAGUUCUGAAUGUGAUCUGGUGCGUCAUUGUGUUGUUCUUCGUGAUGUAUGCCUUCGCGCUCUUUGUCCAGCAGCUGCUGGCUUCGUAUCUUGUGGAGGAUGGCGGACGGGAGAGCCCUGAGGAUGUGCAGUUGAUCUAUAGCUACUUCGGCUCCGUGGGCACGACCUUGAUUACCCUCUUCCAAGCGAGCACCUCCGGGGUGGACUGGAGGGACCCCUACAACGUACUGGCGGUGUCCGGGCCAGUUCUACCCGCUGCCUUCCUCUUCUACGUGGCCUUCGUCUUCAUCUCUGUCUGGAACAUCAUCACCAGCACAUUUGUGGAGAAGGCCCUCAAGCUCGCGCUGCCGGAUAUCGAUCUGCUUGUCAUGGAGCAGCAGCUCCAGGACUAUGAAGACGCGCAGAUGCUGGCCCAACUCUUCGGGCAGAUGCUUCACACGGAUGAGGACGGUCUGCAACGCGUUGGGCUGGAGGAGUUCCGGCACCUGGUUGAGAACAGCGAGUUCCUUUUGUAUUUGCAGACCAGGGGGAUUGACAUCAAGAAUGCCGAAACGUUUUUCAAGAUGCUGGUGGAACUGCAUGGGGAGCCCACCAUCGACGCCAUCACUUUCGCAAAUGCGUGUGUGCGUAUGAAAGGUGCUGCAACGAGCAUCGACCUCCAGACGGUCAUGUACACUACACAUUUGCUGAACAAGGACCAGCGACGUGCUUUCCAGUUUAUGUACAGCCGCUUGAAAUCGAUCGAGUGCAUGCUCCGUGGGACGGCCGAAGAUGACUGGCCUGACGCGACCCCGAUCCCGUCUCCGAAGAGCCAGCCGAACUCGAGCAGAGAAUGGACCCCGUCCAGUGGGCUGGGUCCUGUGACGGGAGAGCUGGACCUCGCACAAGUCGUGCCGCCGCCUGAGAUGGUGCGGCAGUCAACACAAGAGGUUCAAGCGCUCUUCGAUGCGCAAGUGAGGCUUACGCCCGCAGAUCUCGCAGCAAUCAACGGCGAGGCCGGUGACGUCGUAGCAGAUGAAGCAUUUGCUGUUGGGCAAGUUCAUCUCACCUUCGAGGACGUUAGCUUUUCCAUCCCCCAGACGCAGAACCACUGUAUAUCGCAUGCCACGAAAUCAGUCCGGACUGGCGCAACACCGCGAAGUGGCAACACUGGUGACAGUGGGAACAGCGAUGGGCGGAAGAAGAUCCUGGACCGAAUUUCAGGUCAUUACGAACCUGGUCAGCUCGUAGCGCUGAUGGGGCCGUCAGGCUCGGGAAAGACAACCUUACUCGACAUCCUGGCCGGAAAGAAGUCCGCUCCUCACGAGGGCAUCAUCCAUGUCAACGGUCGUCCGCGGGAUAUGCUCUGGAAUCGGAUAUCAGCCUACGUACCUCAGGACGAUCUCAUGUUCGCACACCUGACAGUUGAGGAAGUGCUCAGGUUCCAUGCGAACCUGAAAACGCAGCGCCCAGCCAGGAUCACGCGGCAGAUGGAUCAGCUUCGGAUCGAGGCGUUUUUGCAGGCUUUCGGGCUCCACGACGUCAGGAACUCCUACAUCGGCGAUCCCAAGCAGGGCUCCCGCGGCAUUUCCGGAGGUCAACGGCGGCGGCUUUCCUUGGUGAAGGGGGUGGCUUGCGGAGCGCGGGUCAUGUUCUGCGACGAGCCGACCUCGGGUCUUUCUGCCACCGAUGCUGAGCUUUGCGUGCGCUAUAUGCGAUGGCUCGCGCACAGAUACUCCGUGUUGAUCAUCAUGUCCAUCCACCAGCCACGAAGAGAGGUCGCCAGGCUCUUCGACGAGCUGAUCCUCCUCACUUCCAGGCCAGGUCGGGUGGUCUACCAAGGACCGAUGAGAGAUUUGGCUGACUACUCAGCGAAGGUCGGCUGUCCUAUUCCGUUGAAGCGGAAUCCCACAGACUUCAUCAUGGACCUGAUUACACCCGGCAUGAAGGGUGCCAAGGAAGACGAGUUCGUGCGGCACUUCCAGGCAAUGCGGAGCCCUAUAAUCGAAGAAGAGGUGGCCAAGCACCUCAACGAGGAUCGUGGCAGUGCCAUGGAGAUCCUCCGAGCAAUGCGCGAGCCCAUGCAGGUGUUUGGUACUAUGCCACCCUUGCGCAAUAGCAAGUUCGGCGUGCCAUUCCGUUCGCAGGUUCGGGCCGUGGCCUGGCGUCAGUUCAAGCUGAGGUACCGAAACAAGACUCACCUCUUGAUGGACCUGGCUGCAGCUGUCGCCAAAGCCGUGAUCCUGGGCCUGGCAUUCUAUGACAUUGGCGAGAAGAGUCAGCAGUUCCAAGUUGGCUUCUUCUUCUUUGCGGUCUUGAUGGCCUGCUCCAUCGACCAGGUCAAGACCAUGCCGGCCAUGAUCGCCGAGCGCCACAGCAUGAUUCUGCGGGGUGUUGCAGUUAUUCUGCGGAAUGUCAUGAAGCUGGAGACCUCUGAGGCCUUGUACAGUGAGUGGGCCUACAUCCUCCCGGUCAGCCUUAUGAGUGCGAUGCAGGCAGUCGUGACGCACUUCGUGUUCAUCGCUCUUCUCUGGCCGUUCCUGCAAUUCCCUGUCUCUCUCUUUGGGCAUGUUUGGUUUUGGUCCCUGAUGGUCAACAUGGUCAUGGACAGCCUUUACGUCAUGCUCUCUGGCAUCGCCAAGGACGCGACGAUUGCACAGAUAAUGUCGCUACCUUUCCUUCUUGUCUUCAUGCUCUACAACGGUUUCACUGUUUAUCGAACGACAUGCCCGAAGUGGCUGCUCUGGGCGUUGAAUAUCUCUCCAGUGGCCUAUGCGAUGGAAGCCAUUACAAUCGCAGCUUCACGCAUUUGCUUCUACGAUGGGCCUGCAUGCGGGAAGGAUUCGCUCUAUCCUGCAAUCCUCGGGCAGUUCAGCUACAUCGACCAAAGCCCGCGAGCUAUCGUGGUCCUCGAGGAGAAGUUGGGCCUGGCAGAGAACUUGAGGGAGACCGACGGCUUGUCGGACGAGGCCACCGAUAAGAGUCGACCAAGCUGUCUAAAGGUUCGUUCCGUGGAUUCCCAAGAUGUGGACGCUGUCACCGAAGAUGACACGCAGGUGACCUUCAACUGUGACAUCUGGACCUACUUUGCGCUUGUUGGCCUCGGGAGGACUGGCAGCUGGGACGCGCGCUUCACGUUCAGUCUGGCACUGGCGAGCUUAGCCAUGCAGGCGGCAUUCGUCAUGAUUUUGACGUCCGAGUUCUUCCUCGAGCGACCUUUCGAGGAAAAGGUGGAACUUGCCAGAAUCUGGCGCACCACCGUGGCCCACGACUGCGCAUGUACAAGGACCAAAGGCCUAUGGGACUGGUCAUGGCGGCUUGGUCGCAGAUCCCACGAUCCGAUUACACUAUGA